AUGUCCUCAAGCGAUGUUUUUACCAUGAGAGGCAGCUUGGCUGCCAUUCCCAUGGAAUUGGACAAAGCACACUUUGUUCCUCUCGUGACCUUGUUUGCAUCUACGCUUACAUGGACAACCCUUUGCCAGUUUGUUGCCUUCCACAUCGCCCAAGCCAUCUACCGCCUCUGGUUCCACCCGCUCUCCAAGUUCCCAGGCCCCGUCCUUUAUUCUGUCUUUUACCUCCCCUACCUAUAUCAGGCUUACAUCAAAGGACGAUGGAUCUUCAAAACCACAGAGUUACACCGAAAAUACGGCCCAAUUGUCCGAGUUGGCCCGAAUCACAUUAUUGUCGAUGGCGAGAUUGGGUGGCCUCAAGUGUUUGGACGCCGGAAAGCCGAUCAAUCCGAAUAUGAAAAGAUGCCCGCCGUCCACAAGGCCAAGGCGUACAGCAUUAUCGGUGCUACUAGAGACAUUCACCGACGUCAGCGUCGGCAGUUGAACCACGCAUUCAGCGACGCCUCCCUCACCCAGCAAGAAGAUAUCAUCCAGGCAUAUGUGACGCUGCUCCUUGAGCGCCUCCAAACACGUGCUGAUGAAGCAGAGGUCGUAGAUGCGGUAAAGUGGAUGAACUGUACAACAUUCGACAUUAUCGGUGACCUGGCUUUCUCCGAGUCCUUCUCAAGUUUGCAGAACAACGCCGUGCACCCUUGGGUUAAGCUCAUCUUUGAUAGCAUCCGUUUCCUCGCGGUUAGGAGAUUCUUUGUCAACUUUCCCCUCCUGAGAUUUGCGCUGUCCAUGUUCAGCAGCAAAUUCGGCACAAAGCAGCAUCCUUCGAGAGACCACGCCAAGAACAAGGCGCGUCGAAGAAUGGCGCUGGGACAAGAUCCUCCCGGCGGCCGCAAGGACUUCAUGUCGUACAUGCUUCGCAAGACCAGGGAUGGGCAGGUCGGCAUGUCGGAGGAAGAAAUCCUCGAGACGUGUCCUACUCUUGUUAUUGCCGGCAGUGAGACCACGGCGUCAGCGCUCUCUGCAUUCUGUUUUUACAUGGACAAGAAUCCCCGGGCAUACGCGCAAUUGACAGAGGAAAUUCGAACAGCCUUCGGCGCGGAGGAGGAAAUCACAAUGCAGAACGCUUCACACCUCGAGUAUCUGCAAGCCUGUGUUAACGAGAUUCUCCGGAUAUACCCGCCUGCCGCAGAAACACCCGCUCGUGUCUCCCCCGGUGAUUUUAUCGAGGGGGUAUAUAUACCUGCCAAUACACUGGUUUCCGUCUACCAGUGGGCAACGUUCCGCAACCCCAAACACUUCAAGGACCCAGAGUCUUUCAUCCCGGAGCGGUGGCUGUCCCCUUCUCACCCCCUUUACGAUGAAGGUUUCAAGAACGAUAACCACGCGAUAUUCAAGCCAUUUAGCUACGGUUCGAGGGACUGCAUCGGCAAGAAUCUUGCGAUUAAUGAGCUGCGCGUCAUCAUCAGUCGCAUGUUGUACCGCUUCGAUUUCAACGUACUUGAAGGACAGGACGAUUGGCACACCAAACAGCGAAGCUUCAUUAUUUGGGACAAGAGCCCGCUGAUGGUUCGAUUCCAGACGCGACAGAUGGCUAAUUAG